ACGCAAUCGGUUAAGCGAUUCACCAAAAGUACAGGAGAACAGUAAUAGUGUUGCGGUUGUUAAGCGUCACAGCUUGUCUGGUUUGCCACAAUCAUCCAGUGUUAGUACUAAAGGAAAUGAAUCAAAGACACAUUUAAGUUCUAGUACUAAUACCGAGGAGAAUGAAUCAAAGGCAAAUCUGGCAACAACUGGAGAAUUACCUAAAACUUCGACAAAUAAGAUACCGAUUAAUACUGGUCAAAAAGAAAAGAAACAAUAUGGAAAUAUUGACGACAUAGUGAAUGAUCUUUCUUAUUCUAUGGAAACCAAGCUUUCCUUUCAGCCGGAUAAUAUAGAUGAUAACGAAACAACAAAGGAUACCAAAAAGGUAGAAAAUGAUCCAUCUAAGGGGAGUUACGUAAUAUCUGCUGCUUUUAGAUCAAAUAAACCUGCUUCUACAGCAGCUACUAAGAAAAAGCUAGAAUCAACGACACAGGAAUCGCAACAAAAAUCACAAACGAAUACAAAUUGGAAUUCUCGAUACAACGAGGCAAAGCAAAAAUAUCCACCGGUUGAUCAACUUGAUAAAGAAAAUUCCACAAUUUCGCAAAAAAAUAUUAAAACGGAUAAUAAUAUUGACAAGAAAGUUCAAUCGAACAAAGACACGCCUUUACCUACCAGUACAAAAAAUUUGAAUGAUCAAACUACUCCAAAACCAACAAACAUUCCAAAGCCCUCAAGUUCUACACCUGUUAUUUGUGCGGCUUGUGAAAAACCAAUAAACGGCAAUGUUUUGUCGGCAUUGGGAAAAAAAUGGCACCCUGAACAUUUUACUUGUACUCACUGCAGUAUUGUUUUAGAACACGUUUCGUUUUAUGAGAAGGAUGGAUUACCUUACUGUCACUUGGAUUAUCAUGAGUUGUUUAGUCCGAGAUGUGGUUCCUGCAACACGCCAAUCGAAGGACAAUGCAUUAAUGCUCUUGGUAAAUACUGGCACCCGGGACACUUUUUUUGUCGCGAGUGUGGUAAUCCUUUCGAAUCUGGAGGCUUCAUGGUUCACGAUGGUUUCCCAUACUGCGAAAAAGACUGGACAAGAUUAUUCGGUAAGAUUUCAUCAAUAUUCACAUAG